CUCUUAAGAUGUGUCAUUGGAUUAGCAUCACAAGCAGAUUUUGCCCCCUUUUUCUACGACAAUGGACCCUACAGCUUCAACGGGAACCUGGCACUGUUCAGCCUCUCGGAGGAUACGGCUGUCGGUACGCAUAUCUAUUGUCUCAACGGCACAGACCCCGAGGGACAGGAGGUGAGGUAUGGCCUUUCCUUUGACCCAGGGUCCAAAGAAUACUUCAGGGUCGACCCAAAAUCUGGAAACAUGACGUUGAUGGAACAGCUGGACAGAGAGAACCAAGAUUCUAUUGACGUUUUUGUCAGCAUCACAGAUGGACAAAGCAAGGUUGUGGAAAGAGUCACAAUAUUUGUAAUGGAUGCAAACGAUGAAAAACCUGAAUUCCAAAACAUGCCCGCAAUCCUUGAUGUACUUGAAACAACUCUGUCUGGCAGCAGCAUCUACAAAGUGGAGGCAGUGGACAAAGACACAGGCUCAGGGGGCUCAGUCACCUUCUUCCUCCAGAAUCCUCAGUCCACUUUGUUUGCCAUGGACAGGAAUAGUGGUGUCGUUCGUAUCAAAUCUGGAGAAAUGUUGGACUAUGAGAAAACAAAGACACACUUUGUCACUGUCAUUGCAAAGGAUGGUGGUGGUAAUUUGAAUGGCAAGGAGCAGUUUAUGUCAUCCUCUGCUACUCUGACGAUCAAUGUGAUCGAUGUACAGGACACGGCGCCAUCUUUUAUUGGGACACCGUAUUUUGGCUACAUUUAUGAAAUUUCAGAGCCAGGAUCUGAAAUAUUCACUGUUGAAGCCAAAGAUGGUGAUGUGGGGAACCCAAAUCCAGUCCAUUAUUCCUUUGACGAUGGCGACGAUGGUGUUUUUAGCAUUAAUAAAACAAGCGGUUGUAUCACCCUGCUGACUCACCCCAUGUAUCUGAAGAGAGAAAUCUUUAACAUUAAAGUGAAGGCAUCAGAAGUAAGUCCUGAAGGCAGACACAUGGACUAUGGAGUGACCACGGUGGUGAUCCGCGUGGUGGACCUGAACAAUAAUCCACCGACUUUCUAUGGAGAGCACGGCCCGCAGAACAUGUUUCAGUUGACCAUGUAUGAACAUCCACCGGAGGGAGAGAUACUCCGGGGGCUAAAAAUCACUGUCAAUGACUCCGAUCAGGGUGCAAAUGCUAAAUUCAAUCUUAAACUGAUCGGACCAGGAAGGAUGCUGCGAGUUGUUCCUCAGACUGUACUCAACGAGGCCCAGGUCACAAUCUUAGUAGAAGACUCUGCUGCCAUGGACUACGAGAAACAUCACUUUCUCACGUACAAGCUACUUGCGGUCGAGAUCGAUACGCCCGAGAGAUUCAGUGCCACAGCAGACAUUGUCAUUCAUCUCAUGGACACUAACGACAACGCUCCCAAAUUCUCCUCAGAUUACUACAUCGCCAGAAUUCCAGAAAACUCACCCGGUGGCUCCAAUGUGGUGUCAGUCACGGCAACAGACCCAGACUCAGGACCUUGGGGUGAUGUGAAGUACUCCAUCUACGGAUCAGGGGCCGACUUGUUCCUGAUCCAGCCUGCAUCCGGCAUCAUCUACACCCAGCCGUGGGCGAGGCUGGACGCAGAGGUGAGGUCCAAGUAUAACUUCUAUGUGAAGGCAGAGGACGCUGAGGGGAAGUACAGCCUGGCUGAGGUCUUUGUGACUGUGCUGGACCUGAAUGACCACCCACCUGCAUUCAAUAAUAACUUCCUCGAGAAGACGAUGGUGAUUGGAGCACCAGUGAAAAUAGAGGCUGUGGACGAGGAUGCAGAAAUACCUAACAAUGUCAUCGAGUAUGCCAUCAUGAAAGCUGAGCCAGACAACAACAUCUUUGACAUUAACGCUGACACGGGGGAGAUCAUGCUCAAGUCCUACAUAAAAUCAAUGGCCAUCAUUCAGAACAUCACCAAGCAGAAAGACUGCACCUGGUCGCUGGUGGUGCAGGCCCGGGACCGCGGCCAGCCGUCCUUCAGCACCACUGCGGUCAUCAAGAUCGACGUCACUGAAGCUACCCAACUCAGUGGGGGGCCUUUGGGAUCAUUUUUGAUGCAGAGUAGAAACAAUCCAUUGCAAAUCCUAGGCAUGCUUGCUGGUGUCAUUAGUCUAAUGCUCAUAGUCACAGUCAUCAUCUCCACUGCAACAUUCAUGCGCAACAAAAAGUCCAACCGGAUUCUGCCUCACCGCCGUGUGAGGAGGAGGCCAAGGAACCAGAACCUGUGGAACUUCCGAAACCCCCUCAAGACACCGGAAAAUCCUGGAGAGAAAUUCCAAGUAGAAGAGGAACAGCCGGAGCCGGAGCCGGAGCCGGAGCCGGAGGUCACCGUGGAGAAUAUCAACUACAAUAACAAUAUCCCCAAUGUUGUGAGAUACUGGCCUUCGCCGCCUCGAGCCCCAUGUCUCCCCCCUCCACCACCCCUUUACAUUCCAGGGGAGAGGCAGUGGGUGGUACCCACGGUCUCAGCAACAGUGGCACCUAAACCUAGAAAGAAGCCAAUGAUGAACAGACAGGAUACUGUGAACUUAGCGCUGGUUUCAGAGCUCAAAAUGAAACUGGAGCAGAAGAGGAUGCUCAGACAAUAA